GGCGCUCUCUGACCUUGACAGCCGCGUCCCUCUCUCGCAAGCACCCUUUUCCCUUCCUCUCAUAUGGCCGGCAAGGUGGACGAGAAUGGCGUCCUGUGGAACGCCAACCAGGUCGGCGCCUUCUCUGAUUGCUUCGGCGGGCACAAAAACCUUUGGGAGACGCUCGUCGCCUCGGCAGCGACGCACGGUCCCCUCCAGUGUGCGGGCGUGCGCAAGAUUCUCGAAGUCGUGCCCGAGGGGGGCUUCGAAAAGCUGCGCAUGGCGCCCAACUACGAGUGGAUGACCUACUCCGAGUACUUCAAGACGGCCGACUCGCUCGGCGCCGGCCUCGCCGAGGCCAUCCCCGGCCUAAAGGCGAACGACACGGUGGUCAUCUACGCAGACACGCAGCGCGACUGGAUGCUCGCUGCGUACGCCUGCUGGCGGCAGGGGUACGUCGUUGGGACGAUCUACGCGACGCUCGGCGCCGAGGGCGCCGAGUACGGCAUCAACCAGUCCGGCUGCAAGGCGCACGCGCCGCCCGCGGUCGUCGCAGACUCCAAGCUGCUCAAGAUCCACAAGCUGGCGCUCCGCGACGACCUGGUCGCCGCGGGGAGCAAGUCGGCCAUCACGCCGACCGCGGCGGCGCCCGAGGAGACGGCGGUCCUCAUGUACACGUCGGGCACCACCGGCAACCCCAAGGGCGUCCUGAUCUCGCACAAGAGCCUGCUCUGCGUGAUGGGCGCCACACUCGCGCCCGGCCCGGCGUCCCUAGAAGGGGAAAGACGGAGCUCGGCGCUGUCGCUCGACGGAAAGUCCUACCUCAAGGCGGGGGGCACCUACUGCGCCUACCUGCCGCUGGCGCACAUCAUGGAGCUCUCGGUCGAGCUUACCAGCUUCGCGGUUCUCGUCGGCAUCAAGGCCAAGUUCGCCGCGCUGCCUGGAAUCCUGCAGGGGCGCGUCAACGCCGCGAUCGCCAACGGCAAGUGCGACUACGACUCGGGCGGCGUGCAGAAGCUGCUCGGCGGCAACGUGGAGCUGAUGAAGUUUGUGCAGACCGUCUUCAAGUGCCGCGUGCGGCAGGGCUACGGCCUCACCGAGACGUGCGCGGCCACGUGCAUCGCCCUCGCGAGCGACAACACCACGGCGCAGGGCGGCUACAUGAACGCCGACAAGGACAACAAGGAGAUCGGCAUGCCCCGCGGCGAGAUCCUCAUCGGCGGGCCGGGCGUGUGCGACGGCUACCUCGUCGACCCGGCCGCGCCGGACCCGGACGUGGUGGCGAAGAACCGCGACGAGUUCGUGACGAUCGACGGCCAGCGCUACUUUUGCACCGGCGACGUCGGCCAGUACACGCCCGAGGGCAACCUGAUGAUCAUCGAUCGCAAGAAGGACCUGGUCAAGCUGCAGCAGGGCGAGUACGUCGCCCUCUCCAAGGUUGAGAACGUGCUCAAGACGUCGCAGUACACGGCGCUGCCGAUGGUGUACGCGCUUUCCUCGAUGUCGUACUGCAUCGCGCUCAUCUGCCCAAACGAGGGCCCGCUCAUGAAGCUCGCGGCCUCGCUCGGCGUGUCGGGAGAUCUCGGCGCCGUCUGCGAGGACGCAAAGGUGGUCGCCGCCGUGCUCAAGGACAUCACCGCCGAGUGCAAGAAGGGCAAGCUCGCCAAGUUUGAGAUCCCGACCAAGGUCAUCCUCGUCGCCGAGCUCUGGACGCCGGAGAACGAGCUGCUCACGGCGGUGCGCAAGCUCAAGCGGCGCGAGAUCGUCGCGUGCCACAAGGCGCAGAUCGACAAGUGCUACGUCUAGGCGGCCGCGCCCUGGGCGAGCGGCCAGAACCAAAGUAGGAGUGUUCAUUUGGCAUGCGGGGAGUUUCCCCUCUUGCCUUGGACGGAGCGGGGACCCACCCUCGAGCGCGUGGGCUGCGGCGGCGGCCUGCGGGAGCGUGCCCGGGGCGCCCUCUGUUCCAGCUGGGUACUAGACUAAUUUAUGGCAUUCAUGCAGAGAACAGUGUGGUGAGAGCCCCACAAGUGAAGGUGGAUUUUCAAA